AAACCCUGUACUAUGGUCGUGUGUAGGCUUCGCUGGGAGCCGCGGUCGAUGCCGGUGUAUAGAGGGGGAUGGGCAAUACUGCAAAUGUAAAGGACAUGAGAUUGAAUCACAGUCUAGAAUCACCAAGUGCUGUACAUACCAAUAUAAAUACCGACUAUAAUUAUGUUAAAUAACAUUGUAUAUUGAUGACAAUUGAACGUGAACAUUUGAAGACCGUACAAUGUCUUAAAUUGGAGAAAAUGUGAAACUUUCAACUCUUGCCUUGCCUAAGGGACACUGAGAAGUUUGGAAGACAGCCUGAGAGCCUCGCGGUUUACAGUUCACAGGAAACACCGAGGUUGCAAGAGAAGGCCUGCUGUUCUGCCUCGCAUUGAUGUUGGGUUUUUUAAAAACACCAGACGUCUUUAAUAGGCAUCUGAAUUUCAAUUACGCUGGAAGGACGCUGUAGGUCUCCUGAUGUGCAUGAUGUGGUAUAGCAGCGCCCCAUCUGAGGAGUGCUUCACUGCUGCCAUUAGGAGGCCUUGAUUCUCCUCAUCCCUCCCCUCUCCCUCCCCUCACCCCCUCCCCGCCCCCCAUCCCCAUCCCCUUCCCUUCCCUGCAUUGCUGCGCUUGACGUCAUGAGCAUAGUAAUCACACUGGGAGUCACCACACCUGAGACACCUUACACCGAUAUGGCCGCUGGAUCAGAUCCUGAGUCAGUUGAAGCGAGCCCAGCAGUAAAUGAGAAAAACUACUCAAGUCGCAGCUGUGGGAAUACACAGAGUCAUGGAUAUGGGGGCCUUCCCUAUGCUAUGCAACAGUCUUCUGUUGUGUGUUGUCAGGAUCAUAACUAUGGAGCUCCACCCCCUCCCACCCCUCCUGCCUCCCCACUCUCCCAGACCGUUUUCUCCCAUAUGGAACGCAAUGGCACACUGGGACGAUCGCGACCCUGUUUCUCCCUCAAUGAUCCAGACAACUCUGCUGACAGUGAGAGCUCUUCGGAGGAGGACGAGGUGGUGGAAGGCUCAAAUCCACCUUCUUGGUGUCAGUGCCGUCCAAUGCAAGAUGGCUUCCUCAUUAAGUGUGAGAGAUGCAGGGGUCUGGAGAAGAACCAAGGGAUGGAUGGGCAGCGCAGAAAAGCAGAGAAUGUUUCAGUUGGUGAGAGCAGUGCUACAGAGAGUGGAGAUGAGGACAUGUCAGCCUCUGCUGUGUCGUACACGGCCACUCAACACACACCCACUAGCAUCACUCUCACUGUCAAAAGAGUUAAACCCAGCAAAGUUAAGAAGAGAAAGAAGAGCAUAGAGAAAACACGCACUACUCCUAAAGCCAAGAAAGUUAAGGCUUACAGAGAGGGUUCCAGAAAAUCCAUGAGAAUGAAGAACUCUGCGUCUGAGGCUAGUGUUCUGGAUGAGAAUACAGCAGAAGGAUGGGAGACACGAAUUCGCCAGUGGACGGACCAGUACGAGGAAGCUCUGUCUAACCAGUACAGUGCUGAUGUGCAGAACCUCCUCAAACACUACUGUGCUAACGGCAACUUGUCCCCCAAGCCAUCUACUGUCGCAAUGGACACCAUUAAUAGAACAGAACUAGCCUGCAACAACACUGUGUUGGGCUCGCAAAUGCAGUUACAGCUGGGUCGUGUAACACGUGUGCAGAAACAUAGGAAGAUUCUCAGAGCUGCACGGAAUUUGGACCCUGAAACACUCAUCAUUGAGUAUAGAGGCAAAGUCAUGCUCAGACAGCAGUUUGAAGUCAACGGACAUUUUUUCAAAAAGCCAUAUCCAUUUGUCCUGUUUUACUCCAAGUUCAAUGAAGUGGAGAUGUGUGUGGAUGCCCGAACAUUUGGCAAUGAUGCACGGUUUAUCAGAAGAUCAUGCACACCCAAUGCUGAGGUGCGGCACAUGAUAGCAGAGGGGAUGAUUCACCUGUGUAUCUAUGCUGUUGCUCAAAUCUCAAAAGAUUCGGAAGUCACGAUUGGCUUUGACUAUGAGUUUAGCUGCUGUAAUUAUAAAGUGGAUUGUGCAUGUCAUAAGGGCAAUCAGGACUGUCCUGUACAGAGACACAAUCUCCGCCCCGUUCAACUGCUAUCCCCUCAGUCUUCAAACUUUGCCCUGCCUGGAGCAGAAACACGGAGGAGAAGAGCCAGACGCAGAGAGAUGGAAGGGGACAGGCUCAUAACCAGUGUUUCUGAUGAGAGCAACCACCUGCUGGAAGAUGCAAACGAGACACAGGGAGUCAGUGAUACAGAGGAUGCUCUUAUGGACAGAGUGAAGUUGGAGAAUGGAGAAGAGGAGUUAGAUGAGAAUGGAGCUCUUACACCAAACAGACGUUCUCGUGAAGAACGAAAGGCAGAGGCCAUAAUGCACAUGUUUGAGAACCUUGAGAGGAGAAAGAAACGUGGUCAGGGUACAGCGCAGGCUACACCUGAAGAAACCAAACUGGAUGCAGGGGAGGCAGAAGAGCCCUCACUUACAGCAGGAAACAAUGUACCAAAUACAGGAACAGGUGGAGGAGUCAGUACAAGGCGCACCUCCUUUGCUGCUGUGGAAACAACAGAUAUUGACUCUGAAAAGCCCCCUGCUACACCCAGUCCUGCCCCUAAAGCACAAACCUCCCGCAGUUCCAAACCUCGUCCUAACAGCCGAAUCUCAAGGUACCGCUCCAGUUCAGCCCAGCGUGCUCGGAGACAGCGGCAGGCUCUUUCUCAGCAAGCAGCCGAGGGAGUUGUGGUGGGCGGUGAAGAAGGCAGUGCAGGGGCAGGCCUCAGGGAGCAGGGCCAGGGAGAGGGAGCUCCAAACUGUGGGAGUCUCCAGGAUGGAGAACUUUGUGGUGCCACCUCUUCAGGGAUGGGUAAUAAGACAAAUAUCAGAUACCCAAAAACUAAAAAGUACCUGGUAACAGAGUGGUUAAAUGACAAGGUUCCAGAGCGGGUGGAGGAGUCUGUGGAACGCCCCUUACGCAUCACCACUGACCCUACAGUUCUGGCCACCACCCUCAACAUGCUGCCAGGACUAUCUCAUUCACCUCUCAUCUGUACUACCCCCAAACACUAUGUUCGUUUUGGUUCACCCUUUAACCCUGAAAGACGCCGGCGACCUUUUAUGAUUGACCCUGCAUAUGGUUCUUGCAAGAAGAGGUGGAUGAAACAAGCGCUGGAUGAAAGCAUGGUAUCUGGUCUGUUGGAGGAUGGAACAGAAUCCAAUUCUUCCCACAAGAGUACCACCAGCAGCUCUCAACCGUUUAAACCUGAGCUGGCAGGACCAAUUAAGAAGAGGAAAUUGAAGUGUUCAUCAGAAACAGCAGCUUCACCUUCUGAGCUCUUGUUACGACCAUUGUCCCCCAUCACCCCACCUCUGCCCUCUGAACUUCCCACAACGCCUCUUCAUUCGCUUAUGACUCCCUGCUCGCUUUAUUUAGGUGGGGAAGUAGAGAAGCUGAAUGCUACCAUGUUUUCAUACUCUCCUCUCACAUCCCGGACCACCAGCCGCUGCAAUACACCUCUACAGUUUGAGAACAUCUCUUCUCCUGAGGCCUCUCCUGUGCACAGAUCAGAAUCUCUGACUCCAGAACCCUGUUUGCGACCUGAUUUCACUUCACGGGUCACUGCCUUCCCUGACUUUCCCACAAGCCGGGGAAGCCCUGCUCCGGUGUCAGAUGACUUCUCACUUGCUGCUCCAGACUCUCUGAAUGGAUCUGGUGGUGGGACUCCCCGCAGCUCAGCUGCUGUGUCCAGUCUAUGUGACUCUUCCUUGGUUUCACAUGCCAGUGAGGCACAGACCAGAGAACAGGCCUUUAGGACAGAAUUUAACCUCAUUUACACAUGCUCUCCCCUCAAUGCCAAUCUAGCCACAGGUCCUAUUAGUGACAGACACUUCCCACAAUCAGAGGGCGGUUUGUCCACGGCUGACUCCGACUUAAGCACAAUGUGCACCCAGGGGCUUCUGAUGGAGGCGGGGUCUGGCUCUCUCUCAAUGUAUCUAGACACACAGUUUGGAGGUGGAUAUUCAGAGAGCAGCACAUCCCCCCAACCUAGCAAUCCACCACAGAAGAAGAAGAGGGUCAUGGUGAGUGCUGGUAGUCAGCUGGCUGGCUUGCCUGGGUACCAGGCAUUAGCUGUAAGGGGCCAGUUCAAGCCAGGGCAGAACAUGGUGUCUCUGCUGGAGUACAGGGAAAGAAAGAAAGGGCCACGUGACCCAACGACCCAGCGACCCACAGCAAACCUCAGCUCCAUUUGCCCUCAGACAGAGUCUCCAGGACAGCCGCGCACUCAUUUUCAGCCUUCAGUCUCUCAGAGCAAUUCAUUUUCUCCAGAAUGCCAAGCUUUUCCACACAUAGAGGAGGUCAGUCCUCCUGGCAUCAGGUCUGGAAACCACACACAGACCACAGUGCUGGGCGGACCAGAGUCCAACCACUGGAUGGUCUCUACAUCAGUUGAGCGGUUGAGGGAGGGACAGGGUGCUCUGGAGCGUGUUCUGAGGGGUAAUCUCAACAUAGAGCUUGCCCUUAAAAGAGCAGAUGUGGGAAUUAAUGACCAAAUCAGCAGUCAUGACAAGAGCUCUGAUGCUGUUGAGAUGGACAUGUUCGAUCUUCAAAGCUCAUCUCUGACUUCUCCCUUAAAGAGUCCUUCUCUUCACCCACAUCAGCAGAUGCUGCCUCUCCUGCCAGAAUCCCAUCAGCAUUUGGAAAGCCCAGCCUACGACCAGCAGAGCUCCUCUUCUCCAUUCUGUCCGUCUGUAAGCCCCUCCCCUCCUCGCUGCAGCUCUGGGGGCCCAGGUUACUAUUCUUCAAAGCUGCCCACACACAUCCCACUUACUCAAGAAAGCCCGUCCUCUUCUACAGUAUCAAUUUCCUCAGUGGACUCAUCAUUGUGUGCGCCACAUCCUCACAGCAGCAGUGGAGGUGGAAUGGACACCUCAAGCCUUAAAGCUAAACUGUUGGACAGCACCCUGUCUGCUGCUCUCUCUAUACCCGCCAGAGGCCACCUUAAAAUGGACAACGCAGCAGUACCACACACACAAGGAGCUCAUGGCUCCAGAUUGGCCCAGUCAUCCAGAGUGCACAGCCAGAGAACAGACAAACCCAGUCAGGCUAACUCGAGACAUCACACGGCUUCUGGGGCACAGCACUAUCCACAACGAAAUCUACAGGGUUCAGGGGUAUGGACACAGUCAGGGACCUUUUAGGACCCACAGUGUGAGUGUGUGUGUGUACAUGUCUGUAUGUGUGUGUCAAAAAGAGAAGUGUGUAACAUCCUCCUCACUUUUUCCUGUGGAGAAGCUAUGUGUUGUUAGAGGGAAUUUGAUGUAUUGAGCUCUGUAUGGAUGGUCUACUUUUUUCUCUUUACUUCCCCCCCAGUUCCUGUUAUCUUUUUCCGAAAACUGAAUUUCUGCAGUUACGUGUAACUUAGUGUGGACUUCAUAACAAUCAAAUCAAUGGAACAUUAAAGUAACUAGUUUGGAGUAUAUAACCAGAUUUAAAUGUAUUUUCAAAAGUCACCCAAAUGCUACAAAGAUGAUCACACUGAGGUAUUUAAGAGCACUGGUUAAGCACCCGUGUUGAAACAAAACCGUUUCUCUAAAAUUAAGUGUUCUCAUGUUUAAGACUACAAGUGAUCAUGCUGAUCUUAGAUGAGUUUCAACUUUCAAGUCUAAUGAAUUAUACCAUGACCGUAUGAAAUGGCAUUCUUUCUUUAAAAUGCUUUGCAAGGUUGACUCUGAUUAGACUCUCCAGUUAUCAGUAGUCGUCAUCAGAACAGUCGGGUAGUGCAUUCAUGGAUGGCACGCUUGGCUCAGGAAAAUGUUUAUGAAUGCACAUGAAAGCAAUUCUUAGUGAACAGUGAGUUAUUUCCUCACUCUGAAUCAUUCCCUUGACUAGCGAUCAUUAGGAAUUCUCCUGUUAGUGUCAUAAAAUCACUACUCACUUGAUAUAUAAUACUUGACAAGCAGAUCUUGGUGCUUCAGUUGGUCCAGUUGAACUGUUUUUGUUUCCCAGUGUGCUCACUGUUUUCUCUUUAGGUAAAAACAUGCAAUUGCCAGUUCAAACUUUGUUUAAUAACUUUUUUCCAAUGAUUGUUACAGGACUUUGCCGAAAAGAUUUUGCAGAAAUGUUUUCGUUUAUACUCUGUUAAAAGUAUGUGUACCCUGCCCAAGCCCUUUAAUCGUAAGUGUAUACUUUGCUGCUUUCACUUCAUUCUCUUGAAUUUUCUCUCCUUGACCAGUCUUUGCAUUCCAACCACCAUUUUCAAAAAGAGAGUAAAGAAAUGCUGUGGCCAGAUGGUUUGAUCAGUAAAAAAGACAAAGCAAGUUUGCUGCUGCUGCUGUGGUCUCUAAAAUGUAAUUGUUUCCCCCCUUUUUAAUCACAAAAAGCUGCUCAUGGUACAGCCUUUUUUUUUUUUACAGAAUAGGCAUAGUGUUGUUCUUCCAUUGGAUGACAAGUCAUGUGCAAUGAUGACCACAGUAGUGGGAUAUUGACCCCACUUCAAACAAAACCGAUACCCCUGUUGCAUUUAGAGAAUCAAUGUUGUCUGCUUGGUGGAUUUAUUCUAAUGUGGUCCAGCAACAAAAAAGAUUAAGUCUGUUUUUGUUUUGCCCUAAUGUAAAAAGAUCUUGAAAUGAUGACAGGUAAUGAGGUCAGCCUUAGCUCACAGGUUUAUAUGAAUGUCUCUUGAAAAGGAAAAAGAAAAGACUGUGACCUGAAAUUUACCAGCACCUUAACUACAACAUUAUGUGUACUCGGCUGAAGUGUCUUUCUGUUCUCAGAGAAAUAUAGUACACCAAAUUUGCUGCAUGAUAUUUCUUUUAUGUGUCAUUGUUACAGUCUAGGGUUGGGUUUUUGGGAUCAGGUUUUGAUUGAGAUUCACCUCUUCUUAACCCCACAAACAGUUGGCACUUUUCUGGCAUCCAUAGACAUAUUUUUGUUGUAUUUUUUAACCUAAUUUGAACCCUUCCCUUUUUCAUGACAUAAAUGCAUCACAUUUUGCUUUUUAAAUAAAAGGUUUGUGAACAUUUUUUAAA